AUGGCUACUCAUAAAAUGAACAUGUUUGAGAAGAUCGCGAACAUGUUGGGCUAUUUGUAUCGUCAUCAGGCUGCACAGUUUCCACGCCGUUGGGAAAUUCUUAAGGCUGUCGGAAAGCACGAACUUGCUCCUCCCAAGACUACUGACUGGCCCGCAAUCAAGGCUGAUUGGAAGAAAGUGUCGGAUUUCAUCCAGACAAAACAGUACCAACAACUUACAGUCAGGGAGUUCCUCGUCUACACAGCAGUCACGUUAGAAGUAGUGUUUUGGUUCUUUGUCGGAGAAAUGAUAGGUCGUCGAUACAUCGUUGGUUAUUUGGUUCCGGCAGAUUAUGUAUCAAAAGAAACACGUAAGAAAGCCAGAGCUCUUCAGGCAGAAGCAACGAAGCAGAGCCUUCAUUGA